AUGGCUUCAGGUCACAAAUUCCAUCUUAAUAACGGUCACCCCAUUCCCGCACUAGGAUUUGGGACCUGGAAAUCAGCCCCGAAUGACGCCUACUCCUCGGUGCUAGAAGCUCUCAAAACCGGAUAUAGGCACAUAGACUGCGCGUGGAUAUACGGAAACGAAUCCGAAGUCGGUAGUGCCCUAAAGGAUAGUGGGUUGAAUAGAGAAGAAUAUUUUCUAACGACGAAACUGUGGAGCACAUACCACGAGCGCGUCGAGGAAAAUCUCGAUCUGUCUUUGAAACAGCUGGGUGUGGAAUAUGUCGACCUUUAUCUUCUGCACUGGCCCGUCACAUUAAACCCUAAUGGCAAUCCUCCAACCUUCCCUCUCCUCCCAGAUGGCACACGAGAUGUGAUUUUCGAUCAUCCCUUCACGAGAACAUGGCAAAGUAUGGAGAGGCUCCUAGCAACAGGGAAAGUGAGAGCUAUUGGAGUUUCCAACUUUGAUGUCCAUAACCUCGAAGUCUUGCGUCAGUCCAGCAAGGUCGUUCCGGCUGUGAAUCAAGUCGAGUUACACCCGUAUUUGCAACAAGAUCGACUUUGGGAGUAUUGUAAGCAGAGGGGGAUUCUUUUGACAGCUUAUUCACCACUAGGGUCAAAUGAUACUCCGCUCAAGGAAGAAAAGAUUAUUACUGAAAUCGCCGAAAAGCAUAACUGCCAGCCUGCUCAAGUUUUGCUUAAUUGGGGCAUACAGAGAGAGUAUGCAGUGCUCACGAAAUCGGUGACGCCUACUAGGAUACAUGCCAAUUUUCAAGAUAUCAACCUUGACCCAGAAGAUAUGAGUUGCAUCAAGACCCUAGAUAAGGGCCUGAGGACCUGCAAUCCACCUUGGAAAAUAACAGUGUUUGUAAGUAGCCAUCUUUGA